CACAAACGCAAACGAUUUGCCGUAAUUUCCGGCCUACAAGUUUUUCCACACGCUUUCAACCUUGCGGUUUAUGUGGCGAUACGGCACUAGCGUUAAACCUAAUGGUUAUGAGCCUCGGUACACAGAAAGAGCCGUGCUAGCAUUAGCGCACCUGGUUAUAAGCCUCGGCGCACAGAAAGAGUUUAACGUUAGUGCGGUGCUAGCAUUAGCGCACCUUCUUAUGAGCCUCAGUACACAGAAAGAGCCACGUUAGCGUUAGCGCACCUGGUUAUGAGCCUCACUACACAGAGCCGCACUAGCGUUAGCACGCCUGGUUAUGAGCCUCGGCACACAGAGUUUAACGCGAGCGUUAGCGCGGUGCUAUCAUUAGCGCACCUGGUUAUGAGCCACGCUACACAGAAAGAGCCGCGCUAGCAUUAGCGCACCUGGUUAUAAGCCUCGGCGUACAGAAAGAGUUUAACGUUAGUGCGGUGCUAGCAUUAGCGCACCUUCUUAUGAGCCUCAGUACACAGAAAGAGCCACGUUAGCGUUAGCGCACCUGGUUAUGAGCCUCACAGAGCCGCACUAGCGUUAGCACGCCUGGUUAUGAGCCUCGGCACACAGAGUUUAACGCGAGCGUUAGCGCGGUGCUAUCAUUAGCGCACCUGGUUAUGAGCCUCGCUACACAGAAAGAGCCGCGCUAGCAUUAGCGCACCUGGUUAAAAGCCUCGGCACACAGAAAGAGUUUAACGCUAGCUAGCUAGCUAGAUAACCAGGUGCGCUCUGCAGGCCGGGAAUUACGGUACAUGUCCCGCCAAUAACGUCCACAGAAGAAUUUCCCGUAGCGAUGCCGACGACCUGUCGGCCCCCACGUGGUGCACAUGCCAGAAAUGAAUAUGCAGUACACGCGCACACCCAUCCACACAAGUACUCCUGUUGUUUAAGAGGAGUGGUGUGUGUGUGUAUCUUCGCACAAUCCAAGGAUUAGCGUGAUCCCGGUCACACUAUCUUACUCUGUGCCAAAAAAAAAAAAUAUAUAUAUAUAUAUAUAUAUAUAUAUAUAUGAAAAAGCAAAAGAUAAAACAAAGCAAUGUAGUGCGGCCGGCGGGCGCCCGUCGUCUGUCUGCUGUCCGUCUGUCUGCUCUGACUCCCAAUAAAUUAAAAAAAAAAAACUAACAAACGAGCCCAAAAAAACAGCCGAGCUGGUGGCAGCACUCCUCCCGCGUCCUUCCUUCCUUCCUCUUUUUUGUUUUUUUUUAAAUUAUAAUUUUUUUUGUGGUCACGCUGAUGAGGUGGCGGGGGGUGGGGGGGGGUAUGCACUUCCUGCACGCGGCUGACCUUUUGACGUCAAAUUGAUGCCUGACUGACGGACCGACAAACCGUCUUCGACGCUCAACGCGAUGAAAGUCGACAAGGAGCGAAGAAGGGCGAUCAGCCGCGAGGCCGCCAGGAAGAGGCGGCGGGCGGAGGCCGACGUCUUUGCGGAUCUGCUGCGGCUGCUGCCCCUGCGGGCGUCCGUCAGGGCUCAGCUGGACAAGCCGUCCGUGAUCCGCCUGGCGCUCUGCUACGUCCGACUCAAAACGCUGCUCCGAGACGCGAUGUUCGCGUCUCCGUUUUUCACGGGAGCAGCCGAGCUCCGUCAGAAUUCGGAAAGCGAGACGGAGGCCGUGGACGAGACCGACGUCUACCUGAGGGUCCUGGAGGGAUUCGUCAUGGUGCUCUCAUCCGAGGGCGACAUGAUGUUCCUGUCCGACAACGUCGGCCGCUACCUGGGCCUGACGCAGACUGAGCUGAUGGGCCACAAUAUUUUUGAGUUUACUCACCCGUGCGACCACGAAGAAAUUCGAAGUGUCCUCCACUUUUCUGCAGGCGAGCCUUGGAGCGACGCAAAGUGCGACUUUGUGAUGAGGAUUAAAAGCACGCUAACCCCCCGAGGGCGAAGCACCAACCUCAAGUCGGCCACCUGGAAGGUGUUGCACUGCCAGGGCCGAGCGGCGACCUGCGCCGACCCCUUCCUGACCUCCUGCCUGCUGCUGACCUGUCGUCCUCUUCCCGUGUCUCACACGCUCCUCUGCUCUCGCACCUUCAGCAGCGAGCACAGCAUGGACAUGAGGUUCACGCACUGCGACCACAGAGUGACGUCAAUUUUAGGGUACCCGCCCCACGAGCUGGUGGGUCGCUCCAUCUACGAGCUCUGCCACACGCUGGACGUCGUCUGUUUGCGCAAAUACCACAUCGACUUGUACUCCAAGAGCCAGUCGGUGAGCGGUCGCUACAGGAUGCUGGCGAGGGGCGGCGGCUACGUGUGGGCGGAGAGCCACAGCGCCGCGGUCCCGGGGCCCCGGGCGCCCAAGUCGAGAGCCGGGCACCCGCAGCCCCGCUUGAUCCUCUCCGUCACCUACGUGCUAAGCAGCGUGGAGGAGGCCUUCCUGCAGCUCUCCCUGGAACAAAAAAUGCAGCACGGCUACGUGAGCCGCGGAUAAGGAAGACCCGCACACCCCAAAACGUGCUAAUAGCUGUCACGAGUACACCCGCGAAAAAGUCCCGAGAACCCAUCAAUCGGCAAGUCUGCCAUUUUAGUUCAAAGCGUCCAUUUUAGGCUCGGUUCUGCCUCCAUUUCUUUUAAUCACCCGCGUAAGACUAAAAGGCCCGAAAACGAUCGCACGUGGCCCCGUUUGACUCGUUCCCGACCCCGCGCUCGACUUCCUUUGGGGUUUCCUCCCGGGGGUCACCUGACGCGCGAGGCGACGGCGAAGGCGUCAGACGUUCGGCCGCGCGGCGAGCGCGCGUAACGACGGGGCGGCCGCAACUUCCUGAAGAGAUUCGUUCUCGUGGGAAACUUUUCAACUUUUCGCGCACUUUCGAUUCAACCGAUUUUACGACGGCGACGAGGUGUUCUCGGGUUCACGAUGUGCGGUUUAUAUGCAGCUGAUUUUUUUUUUUUUUUACUCCAUUUCAUUUAGUAAUUAAAGAAUUGUCGUCCAUAUUCUGUUAAGCCAGAGCGCCCAUUGUAAAUUAUAUGAAUCCGCCUGGAUUCGGACCCCGAAAACGCUGAACUGCGAGGCAGACAUGUUAACCACUAGGGGACUGUGCUGCCCUUAUUC